AUGGCUGAGCAAGAUGGAUUCAUCCACCUGGGACGUCCGCUUCCCUCUGCGGGCGCACAACCCACAAUUGCCCCCCUUCGAGUCGUGAUCCAACCUCAGGCGCUCUUCUCCAUCCUCGACCACUGCACUCGCCGACCCCUUGACCAACCCCGAGUGAUUGGAACGCUGUUGGGAACCAGGUCGGACGCCGACGAGUCCCAAAUCGUCGUCCACUCCUCUUUCGCAGUCAGUCACACGGAAACGACAGACCAGGUCGAGGUGGACAUGGAAUACCAGAAGGCUAUGCUGGCCCUGCACCUUCGCGCCAGCCCCAAGGAGGUUCUGGUGGGCUGGUACGCGACCAGCUCGGAGCUGAACACGUUUUCGGCCUUGAUCCAGAACCACUACAGCAGCCAGGGCGAAGGCACUUACCCGUACCCGGCGAUCCACGUCACUGUGGCAUGCGAGCCUGGCAAAGACAUCGAGGUCCGCUCGUACAUUUCGUCCUCCGUCGGCGUCAGCCCCGAACGGGCCGCCGACUCGGCCGCCUUCAUUCCCGUCCCGUACACCGUCAACUACAGCGAAACCGACCGAGCAGGAAUCGAGACCCUUGAGAAUGCCAAAGACAACGACAGUCAGACGACGACAGUCCUGACCGAGAUUGAAAACUUGGAACGGUCGUUGGAAGAUACGCUUGGCAUGUUGGACCGUGUCUCCAAGUACGUGGAGAAUGUGGUUGAAGAGGAGACGGAGCCUUCAACUGCAUUGGGACAAUUCCUCUUAAACACGCUGGCAUUGGCACCCAAGGUCGACCCUGCGGAUAUCGAAAAGGACUUCAACAACCACAUCCAGGACGUCUUGACCGUGUCUUAUCUCGCCAACAUGAUCCGUACCCAGAUGGAUUUGUCGAACCGAUUGGCGACCGCACAGUUGACUAUGGGCAGUGGCGACGGCGCCGCUGCGGGUGCGGGAUCUACGGAGAAGGACGGACGCAGACAAAACAGACAGGGUGGAGGUGGAGGUGGACAAACAAGGCAGAAUCGAGCGGAAAGUGUGUCAUUAGCGAAUAUUUGA